GUUGGUUAUAGGUCCCAGCCGUUGAAAAAGAAGGGGCGAUCACUUCCUGAAGUCACUAUACAAAAAGUGAAAAACUUUUAUUCAUCAGAUGAAAUUAGCCGUGUUAUGCUCGGAAUUAAAGGUUGCGUAACAAUAAGAGAAAAUGGAACGCGUCGACAAAUUCAGAAGAAAUUGCUGCUACAUUCUAGUCCUGACAUUUACAAUUUAUUUAAAGAUAAAUUUCCCGAAGCAAAAGUAUCAUUUUCAAAAUUCAAAAAAUUAAGACCACCUGAAUGCAUACUAGCUGGUCAAAGUGAGACAAACAACGUUUGUGUCUGCAAAAUCCACCAAAAUUUUAAAUCUGAAGUAUUCGCAAUUAAAGAAGCUUUGAAUAAAAAAAUGUCGACUUUACAAAUACCUAUCAUGACUUUGUAAAAAUUUUGUAUGCAAGGAUUCCAAUCCAUCGUGCUUUCUUUUAAAGUGUAAAGAAUGUCCCGGAAUAGCACAUGCUUCGGAAAAAUUAAAAUGUUUGUUUGAAAAAAACAAACUAUCAGAAUGAAAAUUCAGCCAAUGGACUACAACCGACAGGUGUAAACUUCUCGAGAUUACUGAAUUAAGCGAUUUAUUUAUAAAAAAUUUCACGAACGAUCUAUCUUGCCUUGUAAAACAUGAUUUUAUUAUGAAGUCGCAAAGUACUUAUUUCAAUGAACUAAAAGAGAAUUUAGCUGAUGGUGAAUUUGUAGUCACCUUAGAUUUUUCCGAAAAUUACACUUUCCAUGUGCAAGAUGCGAUUCAAGCACAACAUUGAGCUAAUAAGCAAGCGACUCUCCAUACAUACGUCGUAUAUUAUAAAGAAGGUCAUUGAAUAUAAACAGGAAAAAGUUACAACCUAUAGUUGAUCAAUCAUGAUCAAAAUAGUAAUCAUAUGCUUACUAAUUUCAUCGAUCAGAAGCGACAUUUGUACGUCCGAAAGUCAGUUAGAAGAAUUAUUGCAAGUAAAGUCUGAUGCGGAAAAUUAUGUGGAAAGAAAAACAAAAGGUGGACAUGAUAAUGCGGCAAUCGUCAUAGGUUCCGCAAGAUGUGGAAAAAGUACAUUAAUUAAUUACUUAAUAGGCAAUGAGUUGAUAGGUUCCUCAACUAAAGAUGGACUUGGUCUUUGCAUAACAAAAUUUGAUGAAAAUAGCGUAGGACCAGAAAUUGGUGAGGGAGCAGUGUCAGUGACUACAAUUCCCACAAAAUGGAACUCAAAAAGGCAAGAAUUACAUAAUUUGAGCAUCUGGGAUACAGCUGGAUUUCAUGACAAUAGAGGUGCAUUGCAAGAUAUCUCAAAUACUCUCUAUUUGAAUACUUUGGUGAAAAAAGUAAAAUUAUUAAAAUUUAUAUUAGUUAUCAAUUUUUAUGAUAUUGUACCUGACAAUAUUGAUACGUUUUUAACACUUUUACGUAACCUUGAAAGAUUCUUUAAUGUUAAGUUUAGAGAGUUUUUUUCAAGCAUAUCAGUAAUUUUCUCAAAAGCACCUUCCAAGAUCAGAACCUUUUUAAUUGAUCAUGAGUACAUAAGGUACAAAUUGAAUACAUCAAUUAUAGAAGUGAAGAAUUCUUUGAAAAUUUCUCAAGUUGUGAUAGAUUUUGUGCAGUAUAUAAUAGAUAAUGAAGAUCAUGUUGCUUUCUUCAGGUUAACGAAGAAAGAAGGAAUUAUUAAAAGUUCUCUUAUUGACGAUAAUAUUUUUCAAGCUAUUAAUAACUCCCAUACAAUAGAACAAGAAAGUCUUCAGAAUAUUGAUUUAAGUAUGUCAGAAAGCUCAAGAAAUUGCCUAUUUAGAAAUAAAGAUGGCUUGUUGCAACAAUUAAACGAGGCUGGAUUACCGAACGAAGUAACUAAUUACUUUUAUAAUAAGCUAAGGGCUGUGACUGAUAUGAAAGGAGAUAGUAAUGAAUUAGAUAAGUAUAAAAACUAUUUCAGUGGCAUACAAAUCCAUUUUAAUAAUUCUUUAGUGAAAAAUUUCAAAGUACUAGAUCAGCUUGAACUUGUGGAAAAAAUUGAUAAUAGUUUAAAAGAAUUCAUAGCGAAAAAACAUUUAAAGAAUAAAAUUAGACUACUUUCAUUCGUUUAUUCCUUAUUACAGUUAACAUCAAUGCGAGGAAUAGAAACAUACUUGUCAGUUGUUGUCGAGAAUGCACGUACAAAUAUUAUACAAUUGAUUUCUUAUUGUUCAUUAUUGCUGCAGGAAAUUCAAGUCAAUGAAUAUAAAAAUAAGAUUGAUCACUUGAAAGACUCGUACAGUGAAAUAAUUAACUAUUUGAAAACAAAAAAUACAUAUGAAAAAUCUGAAUCAGAGAAACAAUUUUGGAACGAUUUUUGGAAAAAGUAUCCAUUACCAAUUAAAGAUGAGAAACUAGUUCCUAAUGUAAUAUAGGAUAAAGGGUACAAUGAAAUUUAGAAACAUUAUUUUUUUCAGAAUUUUUUACCACUUAGUUUUUGCUUAAAAAAAUAAAAUCAAUUUGCAAUUUAACAUAGGCUCUUAUGGCAGCUCAGAUAAAUCUUAAAAAAAAGUGUGAAGGAAAUAAGAGAAAAAUCUGUGACUUUAUGUAUAGAUAGAUAUGGUGAUGCUCGUCGAACCGAUAAAUGCUCGACAUCGUUUUCGAAUGUUCUCGGUUGAAACGAACUUUAAGGAAACGGUAUUUUUUAUUUUUCUUUGUUUUUGUUCGGCUCGUUUUUUUCGACAAAAAUCGAUUCUUGAUAACACUAAAUUAUAUUAUAAAUGAAGGGUGGGCAUGACAAAAGGGAGAAAAUGAUAAUUUCAUGAUUUCACAGGAAACGAAAAUACAUUUAAAAAUUUCCCUGAUCAUUUAAGAAGAAGUCUAAUUAAACUGUUUCGAAAUAUAAUUGCGUUUUGCCAGUAGAAAUACAAUUUAUGAAGACACACUACUGACGAAAAUUGUGCGAACGCUAACAUCUCGAGCUAUUAAAACACACACCCGCACAGAAAAAGUGAUAACUCGGUUAAAAAUGAAGCUAGAUGCUUUUUUUAAAUUGCAUUGGAAAGCUUAAUAAAUUUCCAAUGAAAUGACUCUAUUUUCAUUUGUAUUGCUUAAAUAGGAAGCGAGAUAUCAUUUUAUGAAGACAAAAAAUAAUUCUUUUUUUUCGGAAUUUCUUACCCUGACUUUGACUCAGGCGCGGAUCCAGGGGGGGCCACAGUGGCAUGGCCCCCCGAGAAUAAGGUCAUAUAAGGUCAUCAAGCUAACGUCUAGCAGAUGGCCCCCCCAAGAACCUUGUCUGGAUCCGCCCCUGCUUUGACUCCUGGCAAAAUUUAGAAAACUUGAUGAAAAAAAUUGUUACUUUCACAGACUAUUCCUUGUAAUCUAGUUAUCACUCUGUUUGUGCGGGUGUGUUUUUUAAUAGCUCGAGAUGUUAGCGUUCGCACAAUUUCCGUCAGUAGUGUAAAUCUACAUAUUAGUGAGAAAAAUAAGUAAAAGUGGACCAUUUUGGGGUUACGUCAAAUGCGCAUAAUUUUUUAUAAAAUUAAUUGUUAAAUAAAUAUACAGUUUAAAGAAAAACUGAGAAAUUUGUUUUUUAAUAUUGAAUUGACGAUUUGAUUGCAAAAAGGUUUGCUAUAAAAUAGUAUAUUAAGCAACAAGAGGAUAAAGGCAGCCAUUUCUUUACGGUGAUUUUUGUGACACGAGUGGAGGUCGAGGGCGCCCCGAGACCGGAACAAGUGUCACAAAAAUCAUUGUAAAGAA